AUGUCUAUCUCUGAAACUAAUACACCUGCAUCUACCUCCACUAGUUUCACUGCAGCAGAAGAAAAAAAUGUUCCCACCUUAGCUGAAAUGGUUCGAAAUUAUAAAACAAAGGAGCUUAUCGAAUUUUUACGAAAAGAAGAAGACUUAGGUCUUGACGAAGAUGACUUGGAAAUUAUUCGUAAGCAAAAAAUAAUGGGUCGUGACUUUCUUAAAAUAACCGAGGAAAAACUUGGAAAUUGGGGAAUGCUUGGUGGUCCUGCAACUAGAAUUGUAGACUUUAUUAAAGAACUUAGCAAACGUAAAUUAAAAGCCUUCUCCUCGUACAAGAGUUUGAAGGAAGUGUUGAAAAAAUAUGAUAUUGAUGGUAACGGUAUAGGCACGAUACGUCAAUUUUCACCGAAAACCUAUACACUCAAAGACGAAGACGAUGAGUUGCAACAAUGUAUAAGGGAAAUAAAACGCAGAUUGGGAAAUAUGGGGACUGUACUUGCCGAUAGCAACGAAGCUAUGCGCUGUGAAUAUAUCUCGACCAUUCUUCAUGCUUCUCUUUAUAUCGUUAAAGGAAUCACAAACAAAGAACUUACCUUAGCUCCUCAACUCGAAAUUGUUGGCGAAGAAAGUACCAGUAGAGUCGACUAUGCGAUUAAGGCCCUAGAAGAACUUAUUUGUAUCACAGAAGGAAAAUUACAUCAAGUGGUCAUGGGGUUUGCUCAAAAUUUGAUCCAAUGUGAAAGUGCAUUGCAGACGAAUAAACGUAAGAGAAAACGUAAGUCAAAUGAAGAGUUUAUGGACGAUUAUGACUAUAUCUAUGGAAUUGUUACGACAGCUACAGACUGGUAUUUCAUCCUUUAUACCUCUGACGGAAUAUCUUGUACAAGCAAGAAUCCUCUUAAUAUUCGUUUUACUGAGUCUGUUUUGAGAGAAGGUUCGGAGGAAGAAAAGGAUGUAUGUAAAAAUGUGAAGCGGGUGAUGGAGGUUAUCGUAGGAUUAUUAAAGGAUAGAAUGGAUGUUGAAAGGGAACCGGCAGCAAAAAAGCAACGGGUUCAAGAGUUUUUUGAAAAUCAGGAAUAA